CAUUCCAACUUACCUAGAGAGAGAGAGAGGAGAGAUAGAAAGAUGAGUGCUGAUUGGGGGCCGGUUGUUGUUGCAGUUGUUUUGUUCAUCCUCCUGUCGCCCGGGCUGCUAUUCCAACUACCGGCAAGACAUAGGGUGAUGGAGUUCGGAAACAUGGCCACAAGCGGGAUUGCUAUUCUUGUUCAUGCCGUCAUAUACUUCUGCAUAAUCACCAUCUUGAUCAUUGCAAUUGGUAUUCACAUACAUUUCAACUAAUCCAUAUUGUUUUCAGCCACCACCCAUAGUUGGAGUAGUUUGUUCUUUUCUUUUUAUAUUGCGAUAUAUUUUCAUCUUUUUGUAAACGAACUCCUUAUUCGGAUUUUCUUCUUCCCUUAUGGCUUAUACUGUGUUCCUAGUUUAACGGUGUAGUGCUACAUGAUUGGUUUGGUUCACAUUCACACUUGACACGGACAUUGUAAAGGAGCAUCUCAAUGAAUUUGCUUGUAGUGAUGCUAAGUUUUCGGUCCAUUAUGUUUAAGUUUUAUAGCAUCAUGAACAUUGUAAUAAACCUAAUUUUAUGGAAUUGACUUACAAUUUUAUUGA